UGGCUGUGAGGGUCUCUGGCAUGAUGAUUUGGGACAGAAAAUGAAAAUCACAUUGCCAGGGAUUUCUACACUGCUGCAGUGUCCUCUACAGCUGCUUCUGGAGGAGGAUACCUGGGAUUUCAUACAAGGAGAGUCACACUUUCUUCUUUUUUAAUCACAUUUCUGCAAGAGGAGUUCUUCACAGUGUUGAUAACUCUGAGAAUACAAUCAUUUUUUAAGGCAAGAUCAGCGGAUCAGUGUUUUUGUGUGCUGUGUAUCUGCUGUUUCUGAUCAGGUGCAGAGCUUAGUCGACUGCUGGACAGGGAGUCUCAGCAAUUUGUUCACAGUGGCUAAGUUCUUCACUUGUGCAGAGUUGAUGUAUGACAGAAAAGCUUAUUACUCACUUUAAUGUACAUAAUGUUUUCCAAAAAUGUGAACGAUUUUGAAAAGUCUCCCACAAAAAACGAAGGGAAUCUGAAGAUUUUGUGCUCAAACUGUAAACAAGUAGGUUAUUAGGUAGAUAAUUAAAGUCUGAUCAAAAAGACCAAAACCAACAAUCAGUUUGUCCUAGUAGCAAAACAGUGUUAGUAGAAGUAAGUCAAAAAUAAACUACAGUGAGUGUGUGUUCAUGGUAAUGAAGGAGCAACAGUGUAGCUCCCAUGUUUUGUAAUAGAUAACAUGAGCUCUAUGGCACAGAGGAAGAAGAUAUGUAGGGUGUUGAUACACAGUUUGUUACUUUUACAUGUGUGCAAGCCUGAAAAUACUCCAUAAGAAAUACAUGAUUGUUUGAGUUUGAGUUGACCUGUUUGUGUAGUUUCUAAAAACUACACAUCCUGGCUGUUAUAGCACAUUGGGCUCUUUAUAUAAAUGAAGGGUUAAAUGGGAAAGGCAUUGAGUGCUAUUGACAGGGAAGGAUAGUCACAAAAAAUUGAGGUACAGAUUCAUAAAUAGUUGGAUUUGAUCUUUUUCGGGGGAUUUGUUAACAUCAAAAAACAUUAUUCACAAUUAUUUAUGUAAUUAUUAACACCAUAUCCAACAUGCAUUAACACAGCCAUAAUUAUUGAACAUUUAAAAAACAAGCUACAAUGUUAUUUUUUUUCAUAAUUUAUGUUGAAUAACAUCUACUUUAUUAUUAAUGAAACAUUAAUUGAACGUAAUUGAUUUGUGUCAAUGAAGGGACAACAAGGUUGUGUAUUUCAGCUGUCAAAGACAAAAACAAGACAAAAAGAAAAGUAUCUUUGAAAUACAGGAUGUUCCCAGAAAGAAACAUUCAGGAUUUUGUCUCCCUCUGUCUUUGUAUGUGUGACAUAGAUUAUCUUGGAGAAGAAUAACAUUUGCACAGGCAUGCAUUAUCAGAUGUAAUCAGAAGUUUUGUGUUUCCUUCCCUGUGUUGUGCGGAAUGACGGACAAUUUGUUAAUGAUUGAUAAUAUCAUCAUAUACAUCAAAGUGUAUUGGAUAUAUAACAAGUGUCCAAUGAUUAGUUGCCUGUGACAAUGAAAAUAAAGGAAAUGUGUUUUGCAUGAGGGUUGAAUUCCUGCCAUGUCUUGUUUAAUGUGCAGAAUUUGACACUUCUCAGAGGCUUUGCACGGUGCCACCAGGGGCCACAUGUGGAUUACUCCCAGGAAACAUCUGGCCUCCCUCUGGUGCCUUCUGAGCUGAGCGCAGUUAGAUCUCACACACUGGCUCAGUUCAGCAGGAACAGGAGUCACGUCAACACACAACGUUUUGUCCUGAAUGCCGAGCCAAUGAUCUGUGGUCACAUUCAGGAAGGAAAAGUACAGGGAUCAUGUGGGAUCUCAUUUGGUCAGUUAGCAUAAUACUAGUUAAGUUAGCAAAAUGUUUUUCUUUUCUUCAAAAGUUCUCUAAGUACUUCUUUGUUUGGCAGAUGUUGUCCAUACAGUACUGCAUUAUAUAUUUCAGGUUAAUAUAUCAUAAGAUUGUGAGCUCUCUAAGAUAAUUCACACUUAAAAGAUUAUCUAAACGUUAUUAAAAUAAAUUAAAUAAUAAAAAAACUAGAUAUUUUCCCACAAAUUGCUCUUGCUAUUUAACCUAAGAAAAUGUGUUUAAACAAAGACAUAUUUGAAGUAAUUUCUGUAUCAAACCUGGCCUAAUAUUCUCCUCUUGCUACAAUAAAUCCAAUGAAUAUGUUCUAUCAAGAACAUUUCCUAUAGGCUAUAGUAAUACAUAUUGUAUAAAAUCUAUGUUCAACAUCACUUGAGGCACUACAUAUAAGGCCAUUUAUAUAUCUCUACUAGGGGGUGUUAACUGGUUAUUGCUUUUUUUUUUAUUAAUAAAGGAAUCAAUUUAUGGAGGAAAAAUAUCAAAAAAAGGUAAUGACGUAGUAAUGGUGUAGUACUAGUUUCCAUCCUCUAGAGGGCGAGCGUGUUCCUAAAGGGUGCGACACGAAAAAGAGAAGAAGAGAAUGCGAAACAACAAGAACACUUCGGUAACGUGCUCAGUGCAGAAAAUAAAGAUUUAAAUGUACAUUACAGCGUGGAAGUUACUCACAAACAUCUCUAGUCUGGAGACUUUAGAGACUCAGAUAUGUGCUCUAAUGGACACCGUGGUGGAGGAAGCAGUGGCGGAGCUCGGCAGACUCCUGGCCGCUCAGCAGUGCUCUUCCCCGGCUACAGUCUGUGCAGUGAAGAGCGAGGAGGAAGAGAGCGAGGUGACUCCACCGGGGGGGAGACACCUGUGUGAUGAUAAUACUAUAACGAACCAGUUUGCAUCCCUCAUGGAAGCACGGACCAGAGCUGCUGUAGAGAAGAUCCUAAUGCUUCUGAAAGUGUCUCUGUGUGAAGCGGCAGAGCAGAGGGCUGGGAGGAAGGACGAGAAGAAGCAGAAAAAUAACAAGAAGCGGAAAGCAGGGCAAGUGGCUGCGCCCAAAAAGCCAGAUUCAGACACACAUGAGAGUAACUCUGGGACCCCGUGUGAACCUGGAGCAGCCUCAGAGCCGGAGAUAACGGAGCAAGAGGUAACAGAGCAAGAGGUAACAGAGCAAGAGGUAACAGAGCAAGAGGUAACUGAGCAAGACGUCGUCCAGGAAGAUACCGACCCUUCAACUAUCAAACCCACCAAGAAGAGCACAGGGCCUUUCAAAUGUCCUUCUUGUGACAAACAAUUCCGUCUGAAGUGUUGGAUGGACCGUCACUACCGGACUCACUCCAAACCUCAUCUUUGCUCCGAGUGCGGGAAGGGUUUCGUCGACCAAAGAAUGCUCAUCGCACACUCGAGAAAACACACCGGAGAAAAGCCUUACGAAUGUUCCGACUGCGGGACUGAGUUCGCUUACAAAAGCACUUUCAAAAGACACAUGCUUAACCACAGCCUGAAGGAGCACAGCCUGAAGGAGACGAGCUUCCACACAUGCUCGCUGUGUGAGAAGCAGUUCGAGGGGCUCGCGACGUUUCAGCGGCACAGGUGCUGCGCCUUGAAAAAGACGUUCAACUGCUCGCUUUGCCUGGAGACGUUUACGUGCAGCCAGAGUUUGGUCGAUCACGAGCAGCUGCAUCCAGGCGCCAGAUAUUACGUGUGCGAGGUUUGCGGCGAGCGUUUCUUCUCCACCUCGUCUCUGGCCACACACCGGGUGACUCACGCGGAAAAGAAAAAAUGCUGCGAGGAGCUCGGCCUAGGAAGCAGCGACCCGAGCGUCCUGAAGAAUCACUUGAGCAAACACACCGGAGAAAAGCUAUUCUCCUGCCAGGUGUGCGGUAAAGGCUGCAGUCACCAGAGCGCCCUGAAUCACCACAUGCUAACACACACUGGGGACAAACCGUAUGUCUGCGAGACCUGCGGGAAACGCUGCGGCCACUCCAGCGCGCUCGUGAACCACAUGAGGGUCCACACGGGGAAGAAACCGGGGAAGCCUGUGUGUAAUAUCUGCGGCAAAACAUUCGUCCGCUCGGUCAAACUGAAGUACCACAUGACCGUUCACACGGGGGAGAAGCCUUACGCCUGCGACCUGUGUGAUAAAAAGUUCAGCAACCCCAGCAAUCUCAAGAUACACAUGAAUAUUCACUCGGGGGAGAAACCGUACGCCUGCAACAUCUGCGGCAGGAGGUUCGCUCAAUCCGUGGGCCUCAAGCUGCACCGGCGGGUGCACACAGGAGAGGAGCCGUACUGCUGCUCAACUUGCGGGAAACGAUUCAUGUUCAGCGGCAACUUCAGGAAACACGAGAGGGCUCACCUGCAAAAAGAGCCAGGAGAUGGACAGUCUGAAAAAACUACAGUGUAAAAAUAAAAAAUGUCAUUGCUGAAUGUUAAAGGGGCCCAUUAUGCUCUUUUUCAGGUUUACAUUUGUGUUUGGUGCCUAGUCUACUGUGACAUGUUUCCAGCUUUAAUGGUUCAAAAAAGUAUUUAUUCGUCAAUAGUAUCAGAAUUCCGGAAAUACACUUAUCUGCUUUCUUGCAGAGAGUUAGACGAGAGGAGCAAAACCACUCUUGUUUCUCUACAGUAAAUAUGAUGUUACAGCCAGCAGCUACUUACAUUAGCAAAAAGUCUGGAAACAGGAAAACAUCUAUCUUGGCUCUGUCCAAAAGGAACAUUAUUUUGUCCAGAUUAUACAAGUUCAUGCUUACCAAAAAAGUUGUUGUUUUUUUUACAUACGGAGAGGCUUAGGGGUCGUAUUUUUAAUAAGAUAGGAUCAUGUCUCCUAGCUCCAACCUCCUUUUUAACAGAGAUAAAGCAAGAAAGUGGAUUAUCUUGUUUUUUCUCAAGAUGUCAAAACUUGUUGUCAUGGAUAUUGGAGCAGAUGGACCCAAACACAGGAGUCAGGUCCAACAACAGGAUACUUGAAUAGAAUAACUUGUUAUGCAUGGUCUGUGCUGGCAGGGCUAAGCAGAACCAAACCAAAGACUGACCUUAAAACCAAGAAGAGUUGAAGGGCAGGUGGAGAGAUGGGUGGAGAUUAAGCUCAGGUGGGAGGAUGAGGUGAUUAGUCAGGAGAGCAGGGAAGGAGCUGAUUGGCUGGGAGAAAACUAGGAGCAGGAAAGGGCUAACGAUGCUGAUUCAGAGCAGGUGUGUGAGGGAAAACACAGCAAACAGAUCAAAUAAUUUAGACCAAAAGGUAAAGCUUAGACCUUCAGAAAAAUAUGUUUUUAAUAAAAUGAUUUCUGAUCCAAUGAUGUUGAAUUUAAUGAAAAUACAAAACUAGAAAACUGUUUUUAUUGACAUUAAACUGAGCUCAAUAAAAACGUUUUU